GCUAUUGUGGACGGAGGAGCUGUCACUGACACGGAAGCUGCCUCCUGUAGGGAGAGAUGGCACUUGCUGCAGCUAGGGGGAGCUCCAGAGCACAGCUCCUCUUCUAGCCAGCCGAGGGAAGCUCUCUGCUCCGUCAGCCUGAUGAUGAAAGCCAAAGACAGAUGAAUCCCGCCCUGCCCGUUUUUGUGCGCCCUACCGACCCGCCGUUUUCUGCCUGCCGUACCCCGCCACGCCGCCGGACCCAGCCGUGCGCCGCCGGACCCGAAAACCAUCAACAUAAUGGCACAAGGUCGGAACAAGACACCUGGAGACAUUCUGUAUGAGGCUCUGGCAGAUCAGACACAAUAUGACUUCAAGAGAUUUAAGGACAAGCUGUCUGAUUUCUCCUAUGAAGGGAGAGGCCCGAUCCCAUGUGGGCAUCUGGAGAAGGCAGAUUAUGUUACCGCAAAAAAUGUUCUCAUAGAUAUUUAUGGAGAGGAGAAAGCUCUGGAUGUGACCAUACAGGUCUUCAAGCUGAUAAAUCUUAUGGGUCCUGCAGAGGAUCUCCAGCACCAAGUGACACAACAUGGUAAAUCACAGAAGAUGUCUACAAAUGUUACACUUGAAGAUUGCAGAUUGAGAUACAUGGAUCAGAUGAGAAGGAAAUUCCAUGUUAUUAAACAUCAUGAUAAAAGAUUAGGUAAAGGUCUGAAUAUGAAGAAAGACUACACCAGUCUUCUACUGAUCAAGAAUCAUCGGGAUGAAGGGGAGAGACUACAUGAGAUAAUAUCUUCAGGCCAGAGGCAUCUACAGAUUAUGGAGGACAGAUCAUCAGAUAAAUAUUCCCCAACCACUGUACAAGCUCUGUUUGAUCCGGAUAAUGAUGGGUCUAUUCCCAAGACUGUGGUGCUACAGGGACCUGCUGGGAUAGGAAAGACUAUGACAUCCCAGAAGAUCAUGAUGGACUGUGCCUCCGGGGAUCUGUAUAAUGACAAAUUUCAGUUUGUGUUCUACAUAAGUUGUAGAGAAGUGAACACCAUCACUGGUAAUAUAAGCCUAGCUAGAUAUCUAUCCAGCUUUUGUGGACUGACCUGUUCAUCUGAUCUAUUCCAAUCAAUCUUCCUAAACUCUGAAAAAAUACUUUUUAUUAUUGAUGGUUUGGAUGAAUUGAAAUGGUCAUCAAUGAAUGAUACAAAGGUUUGUGUUGACCCAUUUCAGGAGCUCUCAAAAGAAAUCUUUCUAAUGAGUUUGUGUAAGAAAACACUGCUCAGUGACAGCUCAUUAAUCAUCACCACAAGACCACGCUCAUUAAUGAAGUUGAUGGAUUUUGCUGAAUGUCUUCGAUAUGUGGAGAUUCUGGGGUUUACAGGGAAAGACCGCCAGGAAUAUUUCUAUAAUUUCUUUGAAACAAAAGAACAAGCAGACCUGGCUCUCAGUGCAAUAAAGGACAAUGACAUACUGUACACCAUGUGUACUGUCCCUAUAAUAUGCUGGAUUAUAUGUACAGUUAUGAAACCACUACUUAAAGAGGAAUUAUCUGUGAUUGAUUGCAAGACAUCCACAUCCAUUUACCUGUUGUACCUAAAGAAUUUAAUAAGGUAUCAUGGAAGGGACUCUGACCAGUCUAUAAGCACAUGUAUACAGAAGCUGUGUGCUCUAGCAAAUGAAGGAGUUUGGGACCAGAGAAUUAUAUUUGAAGAAUCAGAUCUUGUAAGACAUGGACUCUCUGUGUCAGAGGUGGAGUCUGUGUUUCUGAAUGAGAACAUCUUCCAAAGGGAGACAGACACCUGCACCUGCUACAGCUUCAUCCAUCUGAGUGUGCAGGAGUUCUUUGCUGCUCUCUACUAUAUCCUGGAUGAUACAUAUGUAAAACAAUCUUUUCUCAACUUCCUGACUGGAAAUAAGAAGAAUGUACUGAAAAGUAAUAAAGUGAAACAUUUACUGGAGGCAUCAGAAGACCGGCCACAUCUAACAUUAACUGUAAGAUUCUUAUUUGGUCUUUCAAGUGAAAAACAAAUUCAGGAGACUCAGAGAACCAUUGGUUGUCCCGUUUCCUUCGGGGAAAAACCUGUCUUGGAGGAAUGGUUGAUGAGAAAAUCAUUAUAUUGCAGUAAUGAGGUACUCUUCUGCCUGUACGAGACACAGGAUGAUGAUUAUGUAGAGAAAAUGAUGUCUCCAUUUCUUAAUGUGGAAAUUAAAGGUCUUUAUAAUAAAAAAGGGAACCAGGAGAACAUUGGUUACCGAGCUGUGGCCUACUGCUUGGAGAGAAGCACAGUACAACAUACUGUUACAUUUGAUGCCUAUAUAAUAGGACCAAAGGCUCGGAGGGUACUAUCUAAAGCACUUUCUAAGUGUUCACAACUUCGGUUCGUGAGAUGCAGGUUUCCUGUUACAGAGGACAUGACUGAGGCUGGAUCCAGUUUAUCUGGACUAUUUGGACAGUGUCAGAUGGAGGAACUACAGUUAUGGAUCUGUGGUCUGACCUCCUCCUGCUGUGAUGAUCUCCGCUCUGUGAUUACUACAAACCGCUCUCUGACCAAACUGGAGCUGAUAGAAUACAAGCUGGGGGACUCUGGAAUAAAACUUCUGUGUGAGGGACUGAGACACCCAGCCUGUACCCUACAGGAUCUUAAGUUAUUGGACUGUAGUCUGACCUCCUCCUGCUGUAAAGAUCUCCGUUCUGUUAUUGCUACAAACCGCUCUCUGAUCAGACUGGACUUGACAUGGAAUGCUCUGGAGGACUCUGGAAUAAAGCUUCUGUGUAAGGGACUGAGACAUCCGGCCUGUACCCUACAGGAUCUGAGGUUACAUAGCUGUGGUCUGACCUCCUCCUGCUGUGCUGCUCUACGCUCUGUUAUUACUACAAACCGCUCUCUGACCAGACUGAACCUGUCAGACAAUGCCCUGAGGGACUCUGGGAAUAAACUUCUGUGUGAGGGACUGAGACACCCGGGUUGUGCCCUGCAGGAUCUUAAUUUGAAUAGCUGUGGUCUGACCUCCUCCUGCUGUGAUGAUCUCCGAUCUGUUUUCGCUACAAACCAUUCUCUGACCACAUUAAACCUGUCAGACAAUGCUCUGGGGGACUCUGGAAUAAAACAUCUGUUUGACGGACUGAGAUUCCCAGCCUGUGCCCUACAGGAACUUAGUUUAUCUAGAUGUGGUCUGACCUCCUCCUGCUGUGAUGAUCUCCGCUCUGCUCUUACUACACUCCGCUGUCUGAUCACACUGGUCCUGUCAUACAAUGCUCUGGAGGACUCUGGCAUAAAACUUCUGUGUGAGGGACUGAGACACCCGGUCUGCACCCUACAACAUCUCAUGUUAUGGGAAUGCGGUCUGACCUCCUCCUGCUGUGAUGAUCUCCGCUCUGUUCUUACUACACUCCGCUCUCUGACCAGACUGGACCUGUCAGUGAAUGCUCUGGGGGACUCUGGAAUAAAGCUUCUGUGUGAGGGACUUAGACAUCCAGACUGUGCCCUGCAGGGUCUUACGUUACAGUUCUGUCGUCUGACCUCCUCCUGCUGUGAUGAUCUCCGCUCUGUUCUUACUACAAACCGCUCUCUGACCAGACUGGACCUUAUAGGGAAUACUCUGGGGGACUCUGGAAUAAAACUUCAGGAGUGUGUAAAGCCGCCUCUGCAGCUUCACAUGUAAAAUGAUUGUGUUACAUCCACAAGAUUGUGUUAUAUUCAAAACUGCAUUUACAUUUGUACUGAAUGGAGAUGAUUCAGAGUUGUGUAAGUGGGCUGCAUUGGCCCCCCGAGAUAACUGUGAGUGUCGGCCUGUCCUCAUUGAUGGGUCUUCCUCUGUGGCUGCAUCACUUACCCAUCUGCUUGCAUUGGGUGUUCCUGAGUGGUGACUAGGAGGUGUCUAUGUGAAUGCAUGGAGAUGUUAUGGUAGUGUCUAUGGCAUGUCACUGAGGUGGCUGCAGACUCAGACACAUAAUCGCUCACACUGGAGGCCACGCUCUGAUUGAGCAUCUGCUCAUAGCAGGGGGCUGGUACAAGCUUCGACGAUGCACCCAAUGGUGGCGUCUACAGAUGCUCAGAGUGGGCGUCUCAGUUAUUGCACAGUCAGACUCCUGGGAAGGGGCCCUGGCUGUACCCCAGGGAAGGGCUCAUGGUGGCUAUCUGCAUGUGAUUCAGAAUCAGCCCCAAUGUGAGUGACCUCCUGUAUAACAUGGGACACUGCAGCUAUUUAUAUACAAUGGACUUUAACAGAUGGGAAAAUAUGUUAUUCUCUCUUAGCGGUGAAUGAGAGUUUCUGGAUUUGUUUUAUACAAUUUUAAACGUUAUAUAAAAAAACUCUUCUGUGUGUUUUUUUUUAACUUAUUCUCACUGUAUAUAAUAUAUUGGCAAGGGGUCCAUAGUGCUGGGAUCAGUGGGGGUGGGGACAUAGUGCACAUGUGCAGAAAGGGUCCUGCAUCCCACUAUACAAUAAAUCCCAGCAACAUGCCCCCCAAGAUGGCAGCUGAGUACACCCUCAUGAGCACCACCGCUUACUGUACAUAACACAAUACAAAAUAUGAGCGGCCCCUUGGAUAGGAUGUAUAUGUCCUAUCCAACUACUCUGGUAUUCUUGCUGUUGGAAUAAACGCUUUUCCUGGGAAACAAGAUGAAACAACUAAACAUUUGAUUAAUCCAUAAUAAAUCACACCACAAUCAUAGGGAAGAUUCCUUAUCUUAACUCAACCAAUCACAGUGAGAUGCGUGCACAUAAAGGUAUCUUUCGGGAACUUCAAACUGUCAUUGCUAUCAGAUCUCAAUCAGCCAUGGACCAAUGUACAUUCCUUUCGGGUAUCGACUCACCUGGGAAUAGGUAAACAUGUUCCUUAACAGGUUUCUUUAACACUGGGCUAGGACUCAUCUACCAGCCAAUCCUCAUACAGGUGUGCAUGCACAAAAAUAAUAACAAUAGAGAGGAAUUAUUUCUCCGAAUGGGUGGGUUUAUUCCAGCAUCCAAAUAAAAAAAGUUACAAAUUUCCAAUCACAAAAUGUAUUCCAGAUAUGACUAGGACAAACUAAAAACAAUAAAAAAAAUGGACCUCCAAUGAGCAUAUGGACUCACUGAACAAACUAAGACCUUUUCAUCCAGAAUGAGCAGGAGCAGGAAUGUUCUUGUGAAUGAAUAUAAUGCAAGGGCACUGUCAGAGAGAGUCCAUAAUCACCACCAAUGCAUUUCUGAUCUAUAUGGUCCUUCCAUAGGUUGUAUAUGGGUUCUCACCAAGUACAGAUUUAUGUACCCCUGCCUGUAUCACAUGACUAAGGGAGGAAUUACUAAACAAACUAAAACCUGGCAAAACAUAAACAACAUAUGUUUCUAUCCUAUGUUAUACUUGUUAAUCUAAAGCCACCUAUAUAUUCAUUCAUUAUUAAAAUAUAUUAAAAACAAACUAACAUCAUGAUUACAUAAAAUACAUUAAAAAAAAAUUUGAUAUUAAACAAAAUCGAGUCAAUGAUUUCCACUCUGUCCAUAAGGGUAUGGCACCAAAGUAAUUCCAACUAGGGAGGCCAAUCCCGAGCCGUUUUUUCAAUCCGGGGAUUCGGGAUUGAAAAACGGUCAAUCCCGGGAUUCCCAGGAUCCCGGGAUUGCAGUAGGGAUCAGUGAAGGUUGU